AUGGAGCACAACCUAGACGAUCAUGGCAGAUUUCUCAACACUCAGCUAUCAGCCUACAAUAGCGGCGAGGCAUCUCACGACAAACGCUCCCUACCAAGCAGCCAGCGGCCACACCGCGAUGGCAGUGGGGCUGAUUUCCAGGACGUACCAGAUCAAAUAGCAGCCACGAUUAAGAACAGCGAUAGGUUUAUAGGCUCCAACCCAGACUUCGAGCGGGCGCGCCGCAACAACGGCGGGGCUUCUUCACAGGACGUACUGGAACCAAUGCCGACCAACUUCGCCGGUGCAGGAGAAUUCAUAAACACCGAGCCAACUUAUUACCCUUGGGCAAUCUCCACAGCGAACGGGGCUCAUCCCUACGGCAAAGAUCUCCAGAGGGACAGCCAGCUGGCACUCCCCAAUGACGGCGGAGUACCUGCUCAGGGCGAAACCAUUCCAUUGUCACCCAUCCUCGAUAACGAUGAGACGUUAAUAGACCCCCAACCAAACAACGCACCGGCACGCCCAAAUCAGCACGGGGUUUUCUACGAGGACGUUCCGGACCUAGAUCACUCCGCGGAAAGCGACACGGCCUUCGAGUUGCACGAGAUUGAAGGACCCGAAUAUAAUGUCGCCAUACAGCUUGACGAAGUUGAGGCCUCGGGGCAGGAUUUUUACGACCCGGAUAUGAAUCAAGAGUUUUCAGGAGCUCCUCCACUACGAAUGUAUCCCCUACGAAUGUAUCCCACACUGAGAGAACUCUGUCCCGGAAACCAGCGCUUGGCGCCGAGAGCUAGCCGGGGCGGCUCGAAAGUGCCCCAACAGUCAAAGGAUCCCACGCGUCUCUCACAGGGCCUGCCCAAGACCCUAGACUUGGCGGACCCUUGGGCGCAAAACUCGUCGGCCGCAGUCGGACAGAAAUGGCAGCUUCUCCCCAAUUACAAAGCCAACUGGGAAGAACCGGUCCUCUGCCACAAGGAGGUCAACAGGUACCGCAAAGCCCACGAGGGCCGCGACCAUUGCGAGAACAGGAUUCACGACAGCGCCAGUGAAAUCAUCAGGAGCAAUAAAGCCGCAAAAGCCCCCAGUGACGAGAAAGGCCCUGAGGACAAGAAGUAUCAUGAUGCCGACAAGAGCAAGGCGAAGAACAACGACAAGGGCCUUGGCGAGAUUCAGAUUCGGAAUGCGUACCCAAACUAUGGCUAG